AAGCGACGGAAGAAAUGUUUCAAAUUGAUCACGGGAAGCUUCGAGAAGAACAGGUCGAGUCUGCAGAGGAUGAUGAAGCAGAACAUUCCUCGGAAGAAGAGCCGGAUCAUUUCAAUGAAGAUGAGGUGAAGAUGUACAGCAAGGAGGGUUACCUUGUGGAUUUUUUCCACACUUUGACAGAGUUCAGGGAUUCGUUGCUGCUCACCAACCUCACUUUGAGCACGGAUGAUGGGAUGACUUUUCAUGUACAUUCUCUUGUCUUGGGCGCUGUCAGCUCAGUUAUACGCGAAAGGCUCAUUAGAGGCAAAGCGGGGAACGAAACAGUCGACGGAAGACCAGAUGAAGAUGGUGUCGGAGUCUCUAAGUGGUCACUGCCUCUGGGUCCAGAUGUGGAUCAUGUCGGAUUGGAAGCAGUUGUGGAGUUUGCUUACACUGGACUCAUGACACUUUUGAGGGAGAACACUUUGUACCAGAUAAAGGCAGCAGCUCAAAUGCUAGGAAUCCAACGAGUGCUGGAUCUCUGCACAAAAGAAGAAGAAAAAUCUGCAAAAACUGGAAGGAAAGGGAAGGAGGAAAGGGUCUCUGCUGCAGAUCAAUUGAGGGUCAGUCUUCAGUCCAUGAAACAGCUGUGGAUGGACAGAGUGGGCUGUGACGUAACUCUGGAAGCAGUCGGAGGACCACUUCAUGUCCAUAGAGUCGUCCUUGCUGUGGGGAGUGACUACUUCCGCAGCAUGUUCACCUUGCGGAUGAGAGAGUCCAAUCAGCCAUGUGUGACCCUUCCCUUCCUGUUGGCUUCAGAGCUGGAGAUUCUCAUUGGCUGCUCCUACAGCGGGGUUCUACCCCUCAGCUGGAAGUGUGCCUUUGAGAUCACCAGUACUGCUCUUCAGCUCCAGUACCAACCUACGCUCUCCUUGUGCCUGAACUUCCUGCAACAAGAAAUAAAUCCUCACUCUUGCCUUGAUGUGGCAUCGUUUGCUAAGGCCUACGAGAUGGCGCAGCUUCUUGAAGUUGCAGACGAUUAUGUCUUGCGGCAAUUCCAAAAGGUAGCGUGUACCUCAAAGUUCAAGGACCUGCCAGCCAACCAGCUCCUGAGGUACCUGAACAGUAGCUCACUGUGCGUUCCAUCUGAACUUGUUGUUUUCAAAGCAGUGGUGGCGUGGAUCCAAGCAAAGCCCAAGAUAAGACUGAAGCUUGCUAAAGAACUAAUGAAAACCAUCCAAUUUGCAUUGAUGACAUUUAAGGAAUUCAGAGAGGUUCAAUCUCUAAACAUGUGGUCUAAUCACAGCCUGGCAGAACUCUUUGAAGCCAUUAAAAAGGAUUUUUGCUCAAAUGACUUUGCCCCGCUGAGUCAGUAUCGCAUCUAUCUACCAAAAGAGAGCCUGGUCUUGAUUGGGGGUGAUCAGACCUCUGAAGACCUCAGUAACCGCAGCAUCAGCAGAGAACUCUGGUUCGGGAAUUCCCUUAGGAACCAUACAGGAAUACGAAAGGCCAUGGAGUGGCGUAAGUUGGGAGACAUGCCAGAGCCAACAAGGUUCAGACAUGAGGUGUCUGUGCACAAAGGACAACUAUAUGUGUUUGGAGGCAAGAAGUAUUAUGGCUCCAAUGACACCAUGAAUUCUGUCUACAGGUAUGACCCAGUUCUAAACACCUGGGAGAGCCUUGCUGACAUGCAGCACAAGAGAUCCACUUUCUCUGUAGUGGUGCUGGAUGGAAAGAUUCUGGCCAUUGGUGGGCAUUCUGACCUUCACUUUGAAAACAGUGUGGAACAAUACUGCCCAACUGCAAACUCAUGGAGGUUCACCUGGCCCUUAGAUCUGCCUCUGAGUGGACAUGUAGCAAAAGUUUUACGAGGGCAGAUCUAUGUCUCAGGAGGGCUAAACAAUGACUACAAGUGUGUUUCAUCCAUGUUUCUGUACCACCCUGAGACAGGAAGCACUUACCUGGCCAACAUGGCUCAAUCUCGGGCUAAUCACUGCAUGGAGACCCUGGGUGAAUGUCUGUAUGUCGCCGGUGGAAUCACCACAGAUGAAAACAUGACUGCUGUUAACCAGCUAGCUUGUGAGAUGUACAAUCCAGCUGCUGAUUCCUGGACUGCCUUUACAUCCCUGCUGGUGCCACAUGUUGGAGCAGGAAGUGCAGUUUUGGAGGGCAAAUUUUAUGUGCUGGGUGGAUACAGCCAUGAGAGCUACAGUGACAUAAAGAUGGUUCAUCGUUAUGAUCCCAGUGCACAAAGAUGGGAGAAUAUGGGCAGGAUGCCUGGACCGAACAAUGACAUACGAGCAUCUCUGCUGUGUUUACCACAACACUUCCGACUGUAACACGUGAAGACAAACUCCAUUGCCGUAGUUGUUUUACAUUAAGUUUAUUGAUGGUGAAUUUCAGGAUCGUUUUUGCAUGCAGUAUAUUUGCAAUUUAGCAAGCAUUUUUUCAUUGUAGACAAUGCGAGAAUGUCAGGUUGUCAAAACUGCCAAUUUUUGAUACCACGUUUU